UUUAUGAUAAAAUAUAUUUUGCAUUGUUAUUCAACUAUACAACAUUAAUAAAAAUUUCUGGAGACAAUGGCAGCAUUUUUCAGUCAAUCAGCAGAGCAAGCGUAUGAUGAAGACGACGAAUUCAGUGGCAAGAAGAGAAAAAUAAUCAUCCAUUCGGAUGACAGUGACAACGAUGAAAAUUCAGACGAUAAAAGUUUAAAAAGUGGAAAUGCGGAAAGUGACGAUGAUAAUAAUUUUGACGACCGUCUAGAGGACGAAGACUAUGAUUUAUUAGAAGAAAAUUUGGGUGUACCCAUUCAAAGAAGACGUUUCAAACGUUUAAAACGGAUGCCCAUUAAUGCAUCUGACGAUGAAGAAGAAGAAGAAGAUGCGGAGGCUACGAAACAAGAUAUUGCUACUGGCUUAUUCAAUGGUGGUGAUAGCGUGAAUGAUGGACGUAGUUCAAGUGUCGAGUCUGAUCACCAAGUAUUUGAUCUCGACAACAGUAAUGAUGAAGCUUCGUCAGACGAAAAUGAUUUUAUAGUUGACAACAAUGACAGACCUUUGCCAAAAAGAAAAAGAUAUUCUGGCGCUGACUCUGCUUUAAAUGACGCACGAGAAAUUUUCGGAAUAAAUUAUGACUUCAAUGAGUUUAACAAUCAGCGUGAUGAAGACACUUACGAAGAAGAAGAUGAAGACGAGGAAGAUACUGGAGGUGUAUCUGGACGCGCUGAACUACAGCAAGCACAUUACACGGAUUUCGAUCACCAAAUUCGAAGCACAGACAUCCCAGAAAGGAUGCAAUUGCGUGCAACACCGAUUACUCCUGUAGCCGCAGGAUCUGAUGAACUUGAUCAGGAAUCAGAAUGGAUAUACAAGCAAGCAUUCUCUCAGACUAAAAUUCUGCAACAAGUUGAAGAUUAUUCGAGUGGAUUCGAUGAUUUUCAAUCUAAAGGUCCAGAAUCUGUAGAGAAAAUAAAAAAUGUAUUAAACUUUAUGCGCAAUCAGCAUUUCGAAGUACCUUUUAUACUUUUUUAUAGAAAAGAAGAAAUUCAACCAGAUUUGAACAUUAACGAUUUGUGGAAAAUAUAUCAGUUUGACGCUAAAUGGUGUCAAUUACGGCAACGUAAAAAUAAGUUGAUUCGUUUAUUUGAAAAUAUGAAAGAUUUUCAACUUGAUGAAAUUAUUAAAUACCCUGAUCAACCUCUUCCAGAUGAUGUUAGAAUAAUCAAAGAAAAUGAUAUUGAACAAUUGAAGAAUGCACAAACUGAUGAAGACUUAAAAGAUGCUUACAACCACUUUAUGCUUUACUACAGUCAUGAAAUUUCGGCAAUGCAAACGGCUGUGAAAUUGAAAGCGGAAAAAGCCAGACUACUGAAAAAAAUGGAAAAGCGUAAGCAGCAACUGGAAGCUGAGGAAAAUGGUGAAGAUCCGCCGCAUGAAGAUCAGAGCGAUAAUGAACUAGAAGAAGUUGAUAAUAAUCUUAAGCACGCUAUACGUCGGGGACCUUACACAUAUUACAGACGCGCUGGGCUCUGUAGUUUCGCCAAAAAAUUUGGUCUCAUGCCGGAACAAUUUGCUGAAAAUUUAAGAGAUAAUUAUCAGCGUCACGAAGUUGAUCAGGAUGCUAUUGAACCGAGUGUGGUAGCCGAAGAUUUUCUGGGAAAAUUUUACCAGUCGACUGAACAAAUUUUGAAAGCUGUUACAUCGAUGGUGGCGAUCCAAUUGGCUCGAGAACCUAUUUUACGAAAAAGCGUACGUGAAAUGUAUAUGGAACGUGCUAAGAUAUCAGUACGACCCACUAAAAAAGGUUUCAAACAAAUAGAUGAAAAUCAUCAUCUUUACACUGUUAAAUAUUUGAAGGAUAAGCCUAUUAGAGAACUGGUUGAUAAUAUGUGGCUGAAGUUAUUAGCAGCUGAAAAAGAUGGCCUGAUAAAAAUGACUCUAAGCGAUACAGUUGAAGGCACGAGUAGUUCUGAUUUUAUCGAAGACUUCAAACAAUUAUACGUAAGAGAUGAAUUUAGUAAAAAUGUUCAGGAUUGGAAUGAUUUACGUAAAGCCAGUGUAGAGUUGGCUUUUAAAAAUUACGUUAUACCAGACUUGAAGAUCGAGCUUCGUUCAAAAAUAACUACCGAGGCUGUGGAGUCAAUAAUACAAUUAUGCUGUCGUAAACUAUCCAAUUGGAUUAAAUUUGCGCCUUACACCUGUGAGUUUUAUAAUGUUGAUGAAAAUAAUGAUACUGAAACGUGGAAAACUACCUCAGGUAUUCGGUCAAUGGGAAUUUCUUACGUCCCUGAUUCUUAUGAAGCUGCUUUUGCCGUGAUGGUUGCUCCAAAUGGAGACGUUGUUGACCAUUUAAAACUUCCUCAUUUGUUGAAACGAAAAAAUAGUUACAAUGAGACCGAAAAACUUCUCAAAGAAUCGGAUUUACUCUGUCUGAAAAAUUUCAUUGGCAAGUUUAAACCUCAUGUUAUUGUUGUCAGUGGUGCAUCCAGAGACGCACAGACGAUUGUUAAUGAAGUUAGAGAAUGUUUGACAACUCUCAGUGACGAGGAACAGUAUCCCGCUAUACAAGUAGAAAUAUGCGACCCAAAUGUAGCCAAAGUUUAUUCACUCAGUAAUAGAGGUGUAGCCGAGUUCAGCAGCUAUCCACCUUUACUAAGAGAAGCUAUUUCUCUUGCUCGGCGUUUACAGGAUCCUCUGGGUGAAUUUUCUCAGCUUUGUAAUUCAGAUGAAGAUUUAUUAUGCUUGAAAUUCCAUCCGCUUCAAGAUUUACUACCAAAAGAAGAGCUUUUGGAGAAUUUGUAUCGAGAAUUUGUCAACAAGGUCAACGAAGUUGGUGUUGAUCUUAGUAAAAAUAGAAUUUAUAACGAUACUUUACUCCAAUUUGUCUGUGGAUUAGGUCCAAGAAAAAGCCGUGGAUUGUUAAAAAUAUUAAAAGACAAAAAUACUAUGCUGGAAAAUCGGACUCAAUUAGUGACUGUUUGUCAUAUGGGUCCAAAAGUGUUCAUUAAUUGUUCUGGAUUUAUAAAAGUAGAUACGACUGCUCUCGAGGAACGUACCACUGACGCUUACAUUGAGCCUUUAGACAGCACGAGAAUUCAUCCUGAAACUUAUGAAUGGGCUCGGAAAAUGGCCGUCGAUGCUAUGGAGUACGAAGAUGAAAAUUCGCAUCACGUCGGCGCGGUUGAAGAAGUGAUGCAAACUCCUGAAAAGCUUCUGGAUCUAGAUCUCGACGCUUUUGCAACUGAAUUGGAGAAACAGGGUUUUGGAAAUAAAACUACCACACUCUAUAGCAUCAGAACGGAAUUGACGGAGCGUUAUAAAGACCCUCGAUCACCCUAUGAGUCUCCUUCCUCGGAAGAAUUAUUUACAAUGCUUACCAAAGAAAGCGCCGAGACUUUCUAUGUAGGAAAAUUAAUCAAUGCAACGGUGAUUGGUUUUAGGUUUAAAAAACCCGACACUGAACAAAGGGAUCAGACAAAUCCUGUGAAAAAUGAUGAAACUGAGCUCUGGGAAUGUCCGUUUUGUACAAAGAACGAUUUUCCGGAGCUUGCAGAUGUUUGGAAUCAUUUUGAUGAAGAUUCAUGUCCUGGUAAAGCUAUUGGUAUUCGACUGCGUUUGGACAACGGGUUGUCUGGACACAUUCAUGUGAAAAAUAUAUCUGAUCAACGUGUCGAGAAUCCUGAGGAUAGAGUGCAAAUACGACAAACAAUAAUGUGUCGUGUUACUAAAGUUGACAUGGACCGUUUCAGCGGUGAGUGCUCCAGUAAAAGCAGCGACCUCACUGAUGAAAACAACACAUGGCGACCUGCCAAAGAUUCUUACUACGACCUAGAAGCUGAAGAGGAAGAUAACAGAGCUUUAGAAGAGAUAAAAAAAGAUAAACAGCAGGUUUAUGUUAAACGCGUCAUCAUUCAUCCCUCAUUUUAUAACAUAAGUUUUGCUGAAGCUGAAAAAAUGAUAAAAUCGAUGAAACAAGGUGAAGCUAUCAUCAGGCCUAGUAGCAAGGGCACCAAUCAUUUGUCAGUUACUUGGAAAGUUACUGAUGAUAUUUUUCAACACAUCGAUGUUGUCGAAGAAGAAAAAAGCAACGUUUAUACUCUAGGACGCAGUCUAUGGAUUGGAACGGAAAAUUUUGACGAUCUGGAUGAAAUUAUUGCAAGAUACGUUAAUGUUAUGGCUGGUUACGUCUCGGAGAUACUGGAAUCCAAAUAUUACAACAAAGAGGUCCUGGGUUUUAAGGACAAAGCUCAAGAAAUCUUAAAGGAGCUGAAAAAAAAUAAUCCCACUGGCAUUCCUUAUAUUAUAUCCGCUUCUAAAAAUCAUCCUGGUAAAUUUUUGCUUUCAUAUCUUCCACGAGAAAAAUGUUAUCAUGAGUAUAUUACUGUCACGUCGCAAGGAUUUCAAUUUCGUAAUGAAGUAUUCAAUAAUCUUGACUUGUUAGUACGUUGGUUUAAAAAACAUUACAGAGACCCAAUUGUUGAGACUCCACAAUCGGAACUGACACCCAAAGAUACUCCUUCAGACUUUGCUGGCUUAGCUGCUUAA